GCUUGUGAAACAUAAAACCCUUCUAAAGCCCCAAACAAAGAGGCCUCCAGCAGUCCCUUUCCUGUACAUCGGCAGCUUUCCGGCGGGGAAGAGAGGGGAAGACAGCACCGCAGAGCAGGUCGCAGUUGGAACACUCCGAUGGCAGCUCCGAAAUCUCAGAAGAAGAAAGCCAGAGAUGGCCCCAAAGUCUCCAAAGCUUCGAAGCAACCAUUUAAGCCCAGAAACAAAUCCCUGGAAGCCGCCCAGCCGCAAGCUCUCCCCUUUCAGCUCCAAGACGACAUGCCAGAUUUCCCCCGAGGGGGAGGAAGUUUUCUCAGUAGGAAAGAGAGAGAAGAAGUUCAUGCGGAAGUCGACAGGGAGCUUGAAGCUGAGGAGAACGCUUCCAAGUCAAACAAAAAGAAGAAUAUGCGGAAGAAGGUUAAUGCAACAGAAGAUGAUCUGGGUUCGCUCUUUGGAGACGGAAUUAGUGGAAAGCUCCCUAGAUUUGCUAAUAGGAUCACUUUAAAGAAUAUUUGUCCAGGUAUGAAACUCUGGGGAGUUAUAUCUGAAGUAAAUGAGAAAGAUUUAGUUGUCAACCUUCCAGGCGGUUUGCGCGGGUUAGUCCGGGCAGCAGAUGCGCUGGAUCCUGCUUUAGAUGAUAAUGUUGAGGGGACAGAGAAUGUUCUCUCGAGCCUGUUCAGUGUUGGACAGUUGGUUUCUUCUGUUGUAUCACAAGUGGAUGAUGACAAGAAAGAGAAAGGGAAACGGAAGAUAUGGCUCUCUUUGCGUCUCUCUUCGCUGCACAAAGGCUUUACUCUGGAAGCCAUUCAAGAGGGAAUGGUCCUCUCUGCAUGUGUAAAAAGCAUUGAAGAUCAUGGUUAUAUUCUCCAUUUUGGAUCGCCAUCUUUUACGGGUUUCUUACCAAAACCCAGCCAAGGUACGGACCCUGGAGGGUCGGAGUUCAAAAGUGGGAAGCUUCUGCAAGGGGUUGUUAAAAGCAUAGACAAAACCCGUAAAGUUGUCUACUUGAAUUCGGACCUUGAUAUGGUGUCGAAAAUUGUGACAAAGGAUCUCAAGGGCAUUUCCAUGGAUCUCCUUGUCCCAGGGAUGAUGGUUAAUGCUCGUGUUCAAUCAACACUUGAGAAUGGCAUCAUGCUGUCUUUCCUUACUUACUUUACUGGAACUGUUGAUUUAUUCCACUUAUUAAAUCCCUUACCUACAAAAGACUGGAAGGAUGAUUACCCCCAAAAUAAGAAGGUUAAUGCCCGAAUAUUGUUUAUUGACCCAUUAAGCAGAGCUGUUGGUUUGACUCUGAAUCCACAUCUUGUUCAUAACAAAGCGCCACCUUUGCAUGUUGGGAUUGGAGAUAUUUACGAGAAUUCCAAAGUGGUUAGGAUUGACAGGGGGCGAGGCCUUCUACUGGAAGUCCCUUCUUCUCCUGUUUCUACUUCUGCUUAUGUCAGCGUAUUGGACAUUGCUGAAGAUGAAGCACGGAAGUUGGAAAAGAAGUUCAAGGAAGGAAGUAAAGUUCGUGUCCGCAUCCUUGGGUUCAAGCAUUUGGAAGGGCUUGCUGUUGGUGUACUCAAGGCCGCUGCAUUUGAAGGGUCAGUCUUUACCCAUUCUGAUGUAAAGCCUGGGAUGGUGGUGAGAGCUAAAAUCAUAGCUGUGGACGACUUUGGUGCCAUUGUCCAAUUUCCCGGUGGUGUCAAGGCACUUUGCCCUGUAACGCAUAUGUCUGAAUUUGAGAUUGCUAAACCUAGGAAAAAAUUUCAGGUUGGAGCUGAAUUGGUUUUCCGUGUGCUUGGUUGCAAGUCCAAGAGAAUAACUGUCACGCACAAGAAAACACUUUUAAAGUCCAAGCUUCCUAUACUUAGCUCGUAUGCAGAUGCUACUGAUGGAUUAUUAACACAUGGAUGGAUUGCAAAGAUUGAGAAGCAUGGAUGCUUCGUCCGGUUCUACAAUGGAGUCCAAGGCUUCGCUCCCAGACAUGAUCUCGGUUUAGAACCUGGGUCCGAUCCAACUUCAAUGUAUCAUGUUGGACAAGCUGUCAAAUGCAGAGUGACAAGUUCUGUUCCUUCAGCACGUCGGAUUAAUCUUAGUUUUACAACAAAGCAUUCAAGGGUUUCGGAAGAGGAAGAAGUAAAGGUGGGAAGCAUUGUUUCGGGAGUUGUCGAUGGACUGACACCUCGUGGGGUUAUAGUGUAUGUUAAUGGGAAAGGUUACUCAAAGGGUAUAAUUCUGGAACAGCACCUGGCAGACCACCAUGAGCUUGCUACUUUGCUGAAGUGUGUGUUAAAGCCUGGAGCAGAGUUCGAUCAGCUUCUAGUUCUAGAUAUCGAGGGCCACAAUCUAGUACUCUCUGCAAAACAUUCCCUGAUAAAUUCUGCUGAGAAGCUUCCCUCCGAAAUUUCUGAAAUCCAUCCGAACAUAGUAGUCCAUGGAUUCGUCUGUAAUUUGAUUGAGACGGGCUGUUUUGUUCGAUUUCUUGGUCGUCUGACUGGUUUCUCUCCCCGAAAGAAGGCUACUGAUGACCUGAGAGCUGAUCUUUCUGAAGCCUUUUUCGUGGGACAAUCAGUUCGUAGUGAAAUACUCGAUGUGGACAAUGAAACGGGUAGAAUAACAGUUUCAUUGAAGCAAUCGACUUGCUCUUCGACUGAUUCGUCCUUAAUAGAGGGGUACUUCCAGUCUGAAGAGAAGAUUGCUAAAUUACAACUUUCUGACUCAAACGGGUCUGAGUUAGAAUGGGGGGAAGGAUUCAAAAUUGGCAGCAUUAUUGAGGGUCGGAUUCAGGAGGCAAAAGACUUCGGAGUUGUAGUGAGUUUUGACAAGUAUAAUGAUGUGUUCGGUUUUAUUACUCAUUACCAGACAGGUGGAAGUUCCAUGGAAGUAGGCUCUACUGUUCGAGCUGUGGUUCUUGAUGUUUCUAAGAGAGAGCACCUUGUAGAUUUAUCUAUAAAGCCAGAGCUUGUUAAACAAUUCGACAAAGAAAAUAGCAGCAGUCAGUCACAGAAGCAGAAGCGGAAAAGAGAAGCCUCCAAGAGCUUAGAAGUGCAUCAGACAGUAACUGCAGUGGUGGAGAUUGUAAAAGAAAAUUACCUGGUUCUUUCAGUUCCGGAGUAUAACUCCGCAAUUGGAUUUGCAAUGAUAUAUGAUUACAACACCCAGAAGUUUCCCAAGAAACAAUUUUCCAGUGGACAGAGUGUCGGAGCCACUGUAAUGGCACUUCCUAGUCCUUCCACAACAGGGAGGUUACUAUUGGUCCUUAAGUCUGUUACUGAGGCCAGUGAGACUUCUAGUUCGAAAAGGGCAAGAAAGAAGUUAGCUUUUAAUGUUGGAUCUCUGGUUCAAGCUGAGAUUACCGAAAUCAAGCCCCUUGAAUUGCAAGUGAAAUUUGGAGUCAAUCUUCGAGGAAGGAUUCAUAUAACAGAGAUAACUGACGGAAGCACUAUGGAUAAUCCUUUCGGUGACUUCAAAGUUGGCCAGACAUUGACGGCGAGGAUAAUUGCAAAAACAGACAAGAAGAGAACCAGCCAAUGGGAGCUGUCUAUUAAACAAAAAAUGCUGACAGAGUCUUCUUGGAGCGAGGAGAAGCUCAAUGAGGAAGACUUUAGCUAUUCUUCUGGGCAACCUGUCUCCGGUUAUGUGUAUAAAGUAGACAGAGAUUGGAUAUGGAUGACAAUAUCUCGACAAGUGAAUGCGCAGCUGUUUAUUCUCGACAGUUCAUGCGAACCAAAUGAGCUCCAAGAAUUCCAGAGGCGUUUUCCUAUUGGAAAAGCUGUCUCAGGCUAUGUCCUAAGUGCUAACAGAGAGAAAAAAUUGGUGCGCUUGGUCCCACGUUCGUUUCCUGUCCCUAGUGGUGAGACUUCAAAUGCAGAUGUUACACUUCACAUGUGCGAAGGAGAUGUGGUGGGCGGAAGAAUCUCAAAGAUCCUUCCUGGUGUUAGGGGAGUGGUCGUGCAAUUGGGCCCAACUGUUUCUGGGCGGGUCCACUUCUCAGAACUCACAGAUUCCUUUGUGACUGAUCCAUUGUCGGGUUAUCAUGAAGGGCAGUUUGUGAAAUGCAAGGUCAUUGAGACUGGUCAUUCAGCUACGGGGACUUUGCACAUCGACCUGUCGUUUCGUUCUUCACUGAAGGGAAUGGGAGGUCUUAGUUCGAAGGAGCUUUCAGACAAUGUGGACAGUAGCUAUAAACGAGUGGAGAAGAUAGAGGAUCUUCAUCCUAAUAUGAUGGUACAGGGUUAUGUUAAGAAUGUUUCCCCCAAGGGAUGUUUCAUCUUGCUCUCUCGGAAGUUCGAUGCUAAGAUUCUCCUCUCCAAUUUAGCCAGUGGUUUUGUUGAUGAUCCCGAUAAAGAAUUCCCUGUUGGAAAACUCGUGAUGGGCAGGGUCUUGUCUGUGGAGCCUGUAUCUUGUCGAGUCGAAGUUACUCUGAAGACAAAUGAUGCAGACAGUGAACCAAAACCGAAGAGUUACGACUUCUCCAGCCUACAUAUCGGGGCAAUUGUCUCAGGCAGGAUCAAGCGGAUGGAGGCUUACGGUCUAUUCAUCACAAUAGACCAUACGAACCUGGUUGGGCUAUGCCAUAUUUCUGAGCUAUCCGAUGACCAUGUUGAUAAUAUUGAGUCCAAGUAUAAAGCAGGAGAGAAGGUCACAGCAAAGAUAUUGAAGGUCGAUGAGGAAAGACGCCGGAUUUCUCUUGGGAUGAAGAAUUCUUAUUUUCAGGAUGUUACAGACAUUCAGAUGUCAUCAGAUGAAGAAUCCGACGGAGUGACUAAAGAAAAUAGCUCCGACGAUGAAAUAAACUCUACAGUGUUUCGUAUUUGCAGUUCGCAGGUCAUUGAAGAGGAAAAUGGGGGUUCUGCAGCUCUUGCUCAGGUGGAGUCUAGGGCUUCCGUUCCUCCUCUUGAGGUCCCUCUUGAGGAGAUCGAGAACCCUGAUGAGGAUAAUCACAUGAAACCAAACGAAGAUCGUAGCGAUGAGGUUAACAAUCAAGAUGAUGAUAAGAGCAAGAAACGGGCAAAGAAGAAGGCAAAGGAAGAGAGGGAACGACAAAUUAGGGCAGCUGAGGAGAGGCUUCUCGAGAAGGAUAUUCCCAGGACUGCUGACGAAUUUGAGAAACUUGUCAGAAGCUCCCCAAACAGCAGUUUUGUUUGGAUAAAGUACAUGGCAUUCAUGCUCUCCUUGGCUGAUGUCGAGAAAGCCCGCGAGAUUGCUGAAAGGGCUUUGAGGACAAUAAACAUUAGAGAAGAGAGUGAGAAACUCAAUGUCUGGGUCGCAUACUUCAACUUGGAGAGCGAGUACGGGAAUCCUCGCGAGGAGGCUGUUCAGAAUGUAUUCCAAAGAUCCUUGCAGUACUGUGACCCGAAAAAGGUCCACCUUGCACUUCUGGGGAUGUAUGAACGGACAGAGCAAUAUAAUUUGGCUGAUGAUCUCCUUGGCAAAAUGGUGAAAAAGUUCAAGCAUUCGUGCAAGGUGUGGUUGAGGCGGGUGCAUAUCACAUUGAAGCAGGAAAAGGAAGACGUUAAGCCGGUAAUAACCAGGGCUCUGAUAUGCCUCCCCCACCACAAGCACAUCAAAUUCAUCACACAAACCGCGAUUCUCGAGUUCAAGUGUGGGGUCCCUGAUAGAGGACGAUCAUUGUUUGAAAAGAUAUUGCGGGAGUACCCGAAGCGGACGGAUCUAUGGAGUGUGUAUAUUGAUCAAGAGAUCCGGCUCGGAGAUACAGACGUGAUUCGGGCACUCUUUGAGAGGGCAACAAGCUUGAGCCUGCCACUUAAGAAGAUUAAGUUCCUGUUCAAGAAGUAUCUCAUGUUUGAGAAGAACACAGGCGACGAAGAACGGGUAGAAUACGUGAAGAGGAAGGCAAUGGAAUACGCUGAGAACACGCAAGAUUGAGAUACCAAAUUAACCCACAUUUAAACUUCACUCCUCACCCAGGCCCCAAGUCGACUCGCAUAUCUUAAGAGUCCAAGGAACUGCUCGUGCAAGUCCGAGUGGUGGACUAGUUAUGCCCAAACAAGCAAACUAGAGGUGUUCCGCGGAGGAACAACAGUUUUGAUUACAAUGUCAUAUUUGUCUUACCGUAAAGCACAUCAAAGAAAUUUUGGCUCUCGUCUCUGUUCUUCCUAUUAUGCUCUGAAAAGGUUCUAACUUGUGUAAUUUGGUCUGAUCCUUGAUGUCAACCAUCAGAUACAUGUAAUUCGAUAACAUGAAUUACAACUACAGUCAUAUUCGGGUUUUCAAUAGGCUUGUUUCUGUUUCUUCA